AUGUCAUCUGUACUUGAGUAUAAACAACUACGAGCCUUGGUCAUUGGUAUCAAUAACUAUCCAAACGAUCCAUUAACCUACUGCAUCAAUGAUGCUGAAGACCUACGGGACGCACUUGAAGACAUUGGCUUCCGUGUGUCAUGCACUAUAGAUUGCAGCUUAAUUAAACUCUAUAGUGAGAUAGAUACAUUUGCUUCCACACUCCAACCCAACGACUUGGCAAUGAUUUAUUUCGCUGGCCAUGGUAAACAGUAUAAAAAUGAGAAUUAUAUGUUACCUUCUGAUUAUAGCUGUGGUGGCAAUCAAUAUGAGAAUGAGUAUAUAAACAUUAGUGCUGUUAAAGUCAGCUAUAUAACGGAAAAACCAGCGAUUAAGACAUGUGCUGCUACUAUAUAUUUACUUGACUGCUGUAGACGUAGAAUAAAACCUGCAUCAUCCAGCGGCAAAGAAAGCUUAGCAAAGAUGGAUGGAUUACGACAAAGCCUUGUUGUAUUUGGAUGCAGUCCUGGUGGUGCAGUACAAGACGAAACACGAAAUGGCAGAAAUGGUAGUUUCAUGGAAAACCUAUUGAAGAACAUCAAAAGACCUAAUACAGAUAUCGAAGAAAUAAUCAAAGAUGUAGCACAUAGAGUCAGUUUGCAAACAAAGGGCUUUCAAGUACUACAUCGAACGAGCUCCAUUGUAGGCAAAGUGUUUCUAGUAAAGGAUGAUCAUCGAAACACUAAAAAGCUGAUACCGAUUGAUAAUAGCAACAAUGUAUUUAGUUUCAAGAAUAAACGAUCCGAUGAUCCUGUUGACACUGUCUCUGAUGAUGAGAACGUGUUUCCAAACAAUCAGAAAAAGCAAAAUUCGGGUAAAAUCGAUAAAAAUGUACCUUUGUCAACUGUGGAUUGCCCAAAGCGUUCGAGCUCUGAUAGACAAAAUGGUUUGACUAGACGUGAUCAACAGCAGACAACUAUUUCUUCAGAACCAAUAGAUUAUGAUAAUCUAUCAGAUAGCGAUGAUGGAAAGUCUCCUCAGAUAAAUACUACGGCAACUUCCCAGACGUCGACUGUACGAAAACCUAUUAGACAGACACCGCGUAAUUCUAGAGAACCUACCUGGGUGAAGAAAAUAUACAUGAAGCCAAAAUCUGAUGAAGAUACCAGUAGUAGUGACACAGACAGUCUAGAACCACCUCGAAAAUCUUUUAUCAAAGGUAGAAACCCUCCAAAAACACCCUCUGCUCCUGCUCCUACAACUUCUAUACCUGAUGGAUUCGCAACUGAUCGACAAGGUACGAUAAAUGAACAACCAUCUCGAACAACAGUCAAUCCAUCACCGAUUGUUACCAGUACACAGCCGCCAGUAGUUCGUAUUCGUACGCUAUAUAAAACUUAUUCUAUUCCGAUCUUUGACAAUGUGCUAAUGAAAGAUUUUAUAAACACAAUUUGGGAUAAGAUAAAAUUUGACAAAGAAAAAUAUUUUCAAAAGGAACACAUUCUUCUAUUCUUCAACCAUCGACUUCACAUAUUCGCUGGCAGUGAUCCAAAUGCAUUAGUAAAAGAUUUUCUGGCACUUUCUCCGCCUGCCAAUUCUCUUCCAAGCAAAGCAAUUGAUUUCUAUGUCUACGGAUUACCACAAGGAUAUGCCGAGUUUAUGUAUCAAGUAGACGAAGAUAUUGUUUCUAUUUCCCGCAACUCAGACUCAUGGUGUUCUUUCCACUAUGCCGAACACAAGCAAUUGGAGCGUGCUCAGAGUGUUUUUCUUAGCAGUUUAUUUGCUCUACGACUAUAUUUUCGGCCUGAAGUACCGGAAUUAAAAGCUAGACAGUUGGUCAUGGAGGCAGAAUUCUUUCGAGAACUGAGAAAAUAUCUGUUUCCACCUGCAAUACUUGCAUUGAAGCAUGCAAUCGACGGCUUCAUGUUUAAAUUCGAAAAAAUUCUCCUGAUGGACGCAUUAAUUCAACUAUUAAGGUGUCUAUGUGAUCCAAACAAGAUAUUUCUGGAGGAAAUCUGUGAUUUUAUACCGUUGCUUAUAUGUUGGCUGUUGCACAAAUGUGAUCCAACAUCAACGAGGGAAGAGUAUUUCUUGAAUGUGGCAUUGAUCAAUGAUCAAAAGGAACCUUCUUGUUAUUUCCAAAAUCCUGUCACAACUUCCAAAAGUAAUCGACAGGCGCUAUUAUUAGAAGAGUUCCAAGAUGUCAAAGAUCGCACAGAGUUGAAACAUCAUGUCGAUAUUCGAUCAUUGACGUUAUAUUUAUCCAGUCUAGAUGAAAACUCUUCAAAUCCACGCGGUCGAUGCAAUGUGUACAUUAUAUACGAUCCGAAGGAACAAGACCCAUCAAAUUUACAUUCGUUACAAGUAUGGACGGACGCCGAAAUUGAAAAUUUAUACACACUUAUGGCUCAAACCAAUGAUUAUCAUUCGUUUAGUAUAAUUACGCGUGGUUUUGUCACCGAUCAUACUCGAAAUCAACUGGUUCUAUUAGAAAAAAACCGAACAGUGGCAUUAUUGAUAUCAUCAAAAAAUAUCUUGCGUUCCAAUGGAGAAACUUCACGAAAUGUUGAUCAUUUCUUUGAAAUCUUUGAUCCUCUGCAAUGUACAAAAGAACGUCCCUAUCUCGAGGUAAAAUCCGAAGUAUUCUUAGACGAGAAACAACAAUUACCAGAUCCGCGAUUACCUGAAUAUCUUAGUAAUGGUUUGGAUGUCACAAUGGCAUGUGCUCAUAAAUUAUCGGAUAAUACUGCCACUGUACCAGCAUAUCAAGCCACUAUGAUUCUUCUCGAUCAAAGUCGAUCAAUGUCGGAUUAUCGCGUCGUAUCUGACGAUCCGACAAAGAACUGUUCUCAUAUUGAUAUAUGCAAAAUCAUGUUGGGCAGAUUAAGUGAUAAUAUACUUUCCACGAAUGAAGUCUAUGCGUUUGGCCUAAUUACAUUCGGCGAACACUAUAAAACGAUCUGUCAUCUUACUCGAGCUCGCGAAGAGUUUGAUCGAGCGCUUAGUUCGGACCAAUGUGACGCCAGUUGGACAUGUAUGUACGAUGCCAUUGGCGAAGCAAUCCGACAAAUUGCAGCAUUUACGAGCAGUCCAAUCCGAGCGCAAAAAGAUUGUAAAAGGUUGAUCAUUUGUCUUUCUGAUGGCAUUGAUAAUCGUAGUAAAACAACGAUUAACGAUUUGAAAGGUUUGAUCAAAAAACAUAAUGUCGCCAUCGACCUUAUUUCGUUCGUACACGAUAAACAAUUGAAAAACCGGCAAGAAGUUGAGAAAGCAACACAAAUCCGUAAGUUAUGUGCAGAAUCUGGCGGUUAUGUCUACAAUAAUCUUCGUACACGAUCGAACAUCGAGUUGGCGUCGAUGUUUGAACAAGAAGCAGCGGUAUGGCUUUCAAAACGAUCAAAGUCUAAAUCUGGCACAGUUGACAAGCCAGAACGGUAUGUACCUCUGGCUUUCGAGCUACCAGCAAGUCAACAGGUAUCGUCAAAUGACACAAUUAGCAAAUCAUCAUGUCUUCGUCAAAUUAUGCGCGAAUUCAUAAGUAUUAAAACACGCCCUAUACCAAAUGUGAUGGUGUUUGCUGUGGACAACAGUAUUGCCUUUUGGAAGGUGAUUAUGAGCGGACCGCCGAAUACACCAUAUGAAGACAGAUUUUGGAUGCUAUAUGUUGAAUUUAAUAACAACUAUCCAAACUGUCCACCGGACGUUCGUUUUUUCACGCCUAUAUUUCAUGUGAAUAUUAAUGCUGACGGCAAGAUUUGUCAUCAGAUUUUAAAUCGAAAUUGGUGCGUUCGAACGACGAUGAGUACAGUUUUUGAGAACAUUCUUGAUCUUUUGAAAAAACCGAACUUCGAGGAUGGCCUGGUUCUCGAAAUGGCACAUCUAUACAAAGAAAAUGCAAGUGAGUAUGAAAGACAAGCAAAAUUUCAUGCCGAUCGAUAUGCAGCGUCUGAUGUUGAAACAUUAAAAGGGCAGCAUAAAUUACAAGACGGUAAUUGA